CGGAGCUAAAGUAGUUCGUUGCUCGUGCUGUAAAGUGUCAGCUCGAGUUACAGCUGUUUACCUAUCGCACGUCCUUCCGACGUGUCUUCUGACAUGACUUCUACAAAAACCUGACUCGCGUAUAUGGCGGGGGUUUGUUGCAAGAGCACGGCGCCGUUCUCUGUGUUUAAGCGCACACUCUCGGUGCGCAAUCCGGCCUCGGCCCCGCGCUCUGCUCCGGUGGGCUGCGGGAGAAGAGGCGCUCAGGAAGGCUGCGCGCUUCUCGCUCGCCCGCUGCACUUCCACACCGCCGGCCUUCACCGACAUCCAACGCAUUUGUUUUGCUCUUCUGUCCAGGAGUCCAUGAGCGAGAGUUUGCGGGCGUGUUAUGUCUACCUGAACCAAACGAGCAGAAGCUUUGCAGCUGUGAUUCAGGCCCUGGACGGAGAACUGCGUCAUGCAGUAUGUAUAUUCUAUCUAGUUCUUCGAGCCCUGGACACGGUUGAGGAUGAUAUGAGCAUUCCUCUGGACAAAAAAGUCCCUCUUCUGCAUCAUUUUCACACUUUCCUAUACCAACCAGAUUGGUGUUUCACAGAGAGCAAGGAGAAAGACAGACAAGUUCUAGAAGAUUUUCCCUCGAUUUCCGUCGAGUUCAGGAACCUGGCACAGGAAUAUCAGGAUGUGAUUUCAGACAUUUGCCACCGAAUGGGAGUCGGGAUGGCUGAAUUCCUUGAGAAGAAAGUCGGCUCGAUGCAGGAGUGGGAUAAGUACUGUCACUACGUGGCUGGUCUGGUAGGUGUGGGACUGUCUCGGCUCUUCUCCGCGUCCCUGCUGGAGGAUCCCGAGGUGGGUCGGGAUACCAAGCUGGCCAACUCUAUGGGCCUCUUUUUACAGAAGACUAACAUUAUCAGAGACUACCUAGAGGACCAGCAGGAAGGACGAUCCUUUUGGCCUGAGGAGGCUUGGAGUCAGUUUGCUUCUCGCCUGGAAGACUUUUCUCAGCCGCAGCACCUGAGUUCAGCUCUGUCCUGCCUUAACCUGUUAGUGACUGAUGCUCUGCGACACGUUCCUGACGUCAUCACUUACCUUUCCCGCCUCCGCAACCAGAGUGUCUUCAACUUCUGUGCCAUCCCACAGGUGAUGGCAAUAGCGACUCUCUCCGCCUGCUACAACAACCCCCUGGUGUUUCAGGGGGUGGUGAAGAUCAGGAAGGGACAGGCUGUCACUCUGAUGAUGGAGGCCACCAAUAUGCAAGCUGUAACAAGCAUGAUUGCACAGUAUAGCCAAGAGAUCCUGCAGAAAGUGUCGCACUCUGAUCCGUCGCGGGCUAACACGCUGUGUAUACUCGGAGUCAUUCGGGAAAAGGCGCUUUCCAAGGCAGCGCUGCCCUCCCGUGCUCACAACUUCUCACACGUUUAUCUUUCUGCUGCGACCAUUUUGGCGUUUUUCAGCUGGCAGUAUCUGAACUCCACUCAGUCUCCAAGCAGCACGGACAUGCAGGGACGCUGAGCCAUGUCUUGUAUCCCAAACGCCUCUUCACCCCACGCCAACCAAGCCAACAAACACAUCAGAGACUGUUAGUAAUGUAUAAGAGAUAUUUUCCUGUUCUCAUCACAGUGACUGUUUGUGUUCUUUUUCUGCAUUACAGCAUUUGUAAAUACAACAACUCAGUCUCAUGUUCAAUUAAUGUAUGUUUGUUUAUAUAAAUUACCUUUGGCAUUAAUUCUGGUCUUCCAUAUUGAUGUCCAUGUAGCUUUAUAUAUUGGUGUUAAGUCUAUAUAUAUAUAUAUAUAUAUAUAUAUAUAUAUAUAUAUAUAUAUUUUAAUGACCAAGCAAAGCAGUGACAAUAAGUAAUAAAAAUAAGAUAACUCAGUAAUCACUCUUUUUAAGAUAUGUGUUACAGAAUCAGUGUCCAAGAAAAAUACAGGUAAAAUAAAUAUAUUUCUCAGUUUUCCCCCAAAUUGAGUUAAAGCACUACUUCCAGUUUCUUUAAAGAGCUCAUACUCUACAACAUUAGCUAGCUAGCUUUAGUGUGAGUAUGUUUUUUAACUAAAAAUGGGUAGCUUUUUAAAAGUAAACAAUGGCUAGCUUUGUUUGUCCAGUCAUUUUUGUGAGGAAAUCUUAAACUAAUGCUAACUAGCUUUCUGUGAGGGUUUUUACUUCCUCCCAGAAAUAUUAGCUAGUCACUCUUGUUUUUGGAUAUUCUCCUAAUGCUAGUUAGCUUUGAUUUUGGAUUUUCCUCACGUUAGCUAGUUUGGGGAUAUGUGUGAAAAUUCUUUCUUAAUGCCAGCUAGCAAAGGUAAUCAAAUCAAUUUUGGUGGUGAAUAUAUUCCCAAUGCAUGCUAGCUGUACUAGGUGUCAUUUGUAUUAGCUACUUACUUUUGUGUAGAAAUAUUCUCCUAAUGCUAACUAGCUUUGCUUUCUCUAAUCUAGUUAGUUUUGAUCACGGCUAUUCUGUUUAUGCUAACUAGCUUUGUUUGUGGAUGUUAGAUAGCCACUCUUGUUUGUAGAUAUUAUCAUAAUACUAGCUAGCUUUGUUUGGGGAUUUUCACAAAUCGUAACUAGUUCAUUUUGUGUGAAAAUGCUCUCUAUCUAGCAUGGUUUUGAGGAAUUUAGUAAACGUUCAGUUUUGUUGGGAAAUAUUUUUUUAUAGUGCUUGCUAGGUGUGUGUGGAGAUUUUCACUCAUAUAAGCUAGUUACAUUUGUGUGGAAAUAUUCUACUAAUGUUAGCUAGCUUUAUUUUUCUCUCAUCUAAGCAAGUUCGUUUUGUUCAAGGAUAUCCAGUUCCUGCCAGCAACUUUCAGGAUUUUUGCAAAUGUUGCCUAGUUUUGUUUGGGGGUAUUUUUCUUAAAAGAUUGAUUGUGGAUUUUUCACUAUUCUUAGCUAACUUUUGUUCUGGAAUAUUCUCCUAAUGCUAGCUAGCCUUUGUCUAGGAAACCUCAUUAAUGAGAACUAAUUACCUUUGUUUUAGGAAUAUUUGUUACAGGAUUUUCAUCUCAGCUAGUUAAUAUUGUUUGGGGAUAUUAGUAUUAUUAGAUAACUAGCUAGUUAGUCUCUUAAUGUUGGCUAGUUGGUUUUGUUUGGGUAUAUUCUCCUAAUGCUAGCCAGCUUCUGUUUUGCUUGGUUUGUUUGACGAGAAAUAUUAUUUGAAGCUAAAUUAAUGAUAUCCUGUUUGUUUAAGAGAUCCGAGUUUGCCCCGUUCUGAAUAUCACUGAUAAUUUUCUCUUUCCUUGCUUAUAAAAUUUGCACAAAAUUUAAAAAUGAUGUAAUUGCAUUCUAUAUGAAUGUUUUAGCCAAAUGUCUACUUUAAACGGAUAUAUUAUGCUUUUCCAGCAUAUAUUGAGUUGCUCAUAGUUGGUAUACAUAUAUUUUCUAGGAACCAAUACAGUCUGAGAUGGAUCAUAGCAACAUCUGGCUUUAAAAUUGUCCUCAUUAAAAGCUUUGUUGUGAAUAAAGCUAGCUAGAAUAUUGUACAUAAGCAAAUGUAAAGAAUUAUAUAUAAUUUUUGUAAUGAAUUAGCCUAAAUUGGAAAGAAAAUAGAAGGGCAAAAGCUCAGUUUAAGAUUUAUUUAUUUUUGUAGUAAUCUAGUAUGUAGUCACUUUGAAGAAUGUGACCAAUUAGACAAAAGCUUGAGGAAACAAAAAACCUUGUCUUGUUCAUUUAAAAAAAAAAAAAAACAAAUUCAAUUGGGAUGGAUUUUGCUACUGUUUGUAAUUGAAUUGUGAUUACGAGAUGAAUAUUUCGAUGAAGCAUACACCCAUAUUGUGGUGCCACCAAGCCAUAAAUAUGGUUCUAAUGCAGUUGAAUCAUUUUAAUCUUUGUGAGCUGAAACAUUUUCGUUUCAUAAUUUUCUAAAUAAAAAAAAAUUGUGUGUUUUGAAUAUAAUCCUGUUUUGGACAAAAUACCCCAUGUCUCGUGUUUAAAACCUGUACAAAAACUAGCCUUGUCUCAGGAUAUGAUUUGUGUCAUAAACAAGGCCUGUACCAUCUGGAUGAUGAAAAGUGAUUACUAUUUUCAGAAGGUACAGACCUUUGCAAGACUGUGUACUUUAUUUCUUUAUUAAGGUAAUAAACUACUGAACGAAUAAAGCAUUGUCAGUCAUUAACCUUU